CCGAUUUAUUUAAAAUUGCAGACACAGCAGCAUGUGGAUUUUUCUAACGGCGCUUCUUGUUGAUGCGUCAUUUGCCGAUGACUUGGGCAGUGUUGAUCUGAGGGACGGUCUAGAAAACCGGCGAUGGGAUUACAUCAAUCCUAAUUGGGAUAAAAACCAGUUAGACCCCGAGUUGCCACCAUGGCAUCCAACUGCCCCACCGUGGAACCCAUGGGACACUCCAACGAGUUUUCCAUGGGGUCUAAUCCCUUAUUCAAGUAGUUUUAAUGCUCCUCAAGUCCCCAAGUUAAAUCAAUUGGUGGUAGACGUGUCGUCGACUGUAUCAUAUCCUACAUCAGGCCCCACGAGCGAUUCACUAGAUCCUACAUCAACCCCAUGGUAUCCAACACUAGGCCCCCCCCUAGAUCCAUGGGGACCCUCGUCAACUCCAUGGUAUCCAACACCAGACCCCACGCGAGAUCCACAAGGACCCUCGUCAACCCAAUGGUAUCCAACUCUAGGCCCCCCCCUAGAUCCAUGGGGACUCUCGUCAACUCCAUGGUAUCCUACUCCAGACCCCACGCGAGAUCCACGGGGACCCUCGUCAACCCAAUGGUAUCCAACACAAGGCCCCACGCGAGACUCAUGGGGACCCUCGUCAACCCAAUGGUAUCCAACACCAAGCCCCACGCGAGACCCAUGGGGACCCUCGUCAACCCCAUGGGGUCCCCCGACGCCAUAUAACAAUAUACCGCCUCUUCCAUGGAAACCGGAAUAUGUUAAAUACUUAAAAACCAAUUUAUUACUAUGGGAUCAUGUAGCAAGCCGUAUUCAAGAGUUACUUACAAGAGCAAGAUUGGCCUCGCAGAAAAUGGUGCAAGAUGACAGUACACUGUCAGCUGCAGUCAUGUUUGCUGUCAACAAAUUGGCACUGGAUUUAGUGAAGGAUUGCUCACCGUUUAAUUAUGCAACAAAAUAUCGAGAAACAGUGUAUAACCAAUUAUACAAGGCCAAUUCAAACCCCAUGCUUGCUGUCAACCUCAUGGAACUAUUGCUCAAUACUGUGUAUGAUGAUACUAGACAGAUUCGGGCGUUGCUCUUCAAUGACGAAGAUGCCUGUAAGAAAUGCGGGUGCCAAACUCCAAGCCCUGCCUACGAUCAACUACAGAUUCAGGUUGAGCUGGUGUUAGCAUUGAGCAGUUUAGCCCAACUUCUAGAAGACGCACACGACCUGAAGAAUGCUAUAAAAACCAAUUCAGUACAAGACUAUUUGCUUGGCGACCAUGAUGUCCAAAGAAAAAUGUAUCCUUUAACGGUAAAAACAGCUAAAGUUUUCCAGUUACUGGCUAAACGAUUUGACUGCACUUUGCAGGAUUAUAUUCCAUGGUUGAAUGAUAAAUUGGCACCUCCUAAUAAGGGCACAACUCGAGAUAAUGCCGAUUUGUCUGAUAGUGGUUCAAACGAACAUGGGUUGGUUACGUAAACGUCUUCUGGAUUUAAAUGCAAGAUAUUUUAUUUGAACAGCAAUCUAUGGGAGAUAAAUUAUUGUAUAUAGUUCCUAUUUAUGUAUAAAAACUAUUUGAAUGUAAAAAUAAUAUUGUCAUAUUUACGUUUGAUUAUAGAAUUAUAUUCCAAGAAUAUUGUAUUGUUAUUAUAAGUAAUUAGUGCUUAUUUAUUUUAUAUUAUUUAAAUUAAUUUCUGUAUAUAUAUUAUUGCAUGUGAGUACACAUAUUAUCAUAUAAAUGUCAAAAGUACUUUGGUUGUAAUAAAUAUUUUUCAUUACGUUGAAAUAA